AUGUCACAUCGUCCGAAAAAAUCUCAACGCCUUGUUUGCUCAAUGCUUGAUUUAGUGCAUAAUCAUCAACACGAAGGAACAACGAGUAGGUCCCAAAUGCAAGAUGCUACUAUCAAUGGUUCCGAUAGGUCCCCGAUGCAAGAUGCUACUAUCAAUGGUUCCAAUGAUCACGAAUCUGCCUCAAAUACGGAUUCCGACUCUUCUUCUCACACCUUCGAAGAUGAUAAUCGUGAUAGUGAUCAUGAGUCACAUGAAAGUAGUGAUGAUUCACAUGAAAAAGGUGCGAUUCAAAGAGGCCAAACAAAGCCCAAAUUUCAAUGGGGUACAGGGAAUAUUAUGAUUCUAGAGUUAAAUGAAAAUAAUCAAGUGGUUGGAGUUAUGGCCUCCGAAUUUGCAACUCAAUUGGGCGUUUUGGCUAGAGAAGGCCACAAGCUACCCCUUACCUAUGUUGAUUGGAGAAUGAUGCCGAAGAAGUCGAAUAAGGAUGAUGUAUGGGAUGAAGUAAAGAUUUCUGAGGAGAAGGGAAGAAAACCAAACAAAUUAGAGUUGUUCCUUGAGUCAAGAGAAGCAAAAAAAGGCCAGCCACUCGAUGAAUUUACUGCUAAUGUGAUAGCUACCUUGAAGGAAUUGAAAGGAAAGUUGCCCGAAGAGAUGCAAAAUGAUGCGGCAGCAAAUGAUAAGAUUUUUGAUGACGUCAUUGGAAAAGAAUCCAAGGGGUGCUUAAGCUGCUGCAAUGUAUCUUCGAAAAAUGAAAAAUUGUUUGCCUCUCAGGAAAAAUUUGAUCAAGCAGUCAAUGAAAGAGUUACAUGCAUAAAAAAAGAUAUGAAGAUUGCAAUGGAACAUGAAAUUAGUGAGAUAGCUGCCAAGAUGAAAGCAGAAUGUCUUACUGAAAUGAAACAGAUGUUGCAUGAUCAUAAUUUAAGUUUUGGUAAUCCAAGUACUGAGAUACAAGAGUGUCCAAUUGCACAUCGUGAGUUAGCAUUCAAUGAAUUAUCACAAGGAAUAUUACAUUCAUCAAGCAUUUGUCCAAGAAAUGAGCCUACAGAGAUGAGUAAAGAGGCAAAUAAGUCCGAGAAUGAAAGUCAUGUCAUUCGUUCAGAUGCUACUUCCCCUAAGGUAUAUAUACACUUGUGA